AUGGAAACCAGGAAUUUGCAAAACUUUUUUGCUGCAGCACCAGGAAAAAUAACGGUGUCACCAGGUUCUUCGUCGUCACUUGACGUUGCAGUUGAGACACCCACUGACGCAACAGGCAUCGGGCGCUACGAGGUUUCCACUGUUGGAGUCACGCCACCCAGUCUCUGCACAAUACGGCCUGGAGGAAACCUGUGGUGUCGCCUGGAAGGCCUGCAGGCGGCCACCAAGUACGAGGUCAUCGCGAGUGGCUGCAUCAACGGCUCGUAUCCGGUCGUUUGCAGUCACAACGUGGUGGCAUCCGGAUGGACAAAAGCAUAUCCACCAGCUAAAGCGUCAGUGACUCCAAGUUCUAACACAUCGAUAGUUGUUCAAGUCGGGGCACCUGCUGAUGCCACAGGAAUCGGUUUUUACUUGGCUAACGUCGUUGGUGCGGAGCCUGCCAAGUCUUGCACUAUUUAUUUGUCUGAUGAAAUGCUCAAGUGUCACUUAGGCGAUCUGGAAGCAGCCGCUGAGUACAAUGUUACAGUAAACGCCUGUAUCAGUGGCACAGAUCCGUCUGUGUGCAGCGACAGCUUGGUGGCGUCCGGUUGGACAAAACCAAAUCCUCCGACCGAAAUGGCUGUAGAAAGUGUCAACUCGGGGAGUGUUUACGUCAGUUGGCCGAAACCCAAUUUUGCAACAGAAAACACCGCCUUUUACCAGGUUUCGGCAAGGCAACGUCCUGUGGAUGCAAGUGAAAUGGACAACUUAUUCUGCAUUGCCAACGUUUCGAUCAACGAAGUAGGGUGUUCCAUUAACGGACUCACUGCUGGUACCACCUACACCAUUUUCGGAAAAUCUUGCAUCUCCGUUGGCCUAUGUGGGAAUGAAGUUGAGGUAGGAAGCAUAACGACGGAAUCGAAACCACAAAAUAUUGCACUGAUUGUCUCCCUGACUGUAAUUUUUGUUGCUGCCGCAGUUGUCAUAUCGUUGGGCAUACUGUACUGGAAACGACGGUCGAGCCAAAAUGGUGCUAAGAACAUUGAAGAAAAACCCGCUCCAGUGGAUUUGGCUAACUUCAAAACGGUGCUUGAAAAUGCCUCGAGUAAAAGGGAAAAGCUGCUUUACCUCACUCAAAUCGCAGCUCGUUUCGUGCCCGACCUCAACAGGUGUAACAACACACUGCCUUAUGACCAGUCAAGAGUUCAGUUACGUCAAGGAUCAUCAGGUCCACUGAAGGAACUCGGAUCAAAUGGCGUGGUAACUCAGAGCGGCAAGCUCGCAGACUCGUACAUCAACGCCUCCUACGUGAGAGGACCCAUCUACACGAAGACAGGCGCUGCCAUGGCACCAAGUCAUGAUUCUGCACCGGAGUACAUUGCAGCCCAGGCUCCUCUGCCCCACACCGUCGCCGACUUCCUCACGAUGAUCUACGAGCAGAAGAGCCCCCACAUCGUCAUGCUCUGCAGCACCUUCGAGAACGGGGAAUGCAAAUGCGCCAGGUAUUGGCCAGACCAGGACACUGAGACUUUUGCCUCAAAAACCCACAGUGUAACCGUGACCAAGGUGAAGGCACAGGCAAUGCAAAUGUGCACCUUGCGUGAAUUUAGCAUUCUGCCUCGGGAAGGAAAGGACCCGUGGACAGUUAAGCAGAUCCAGUUGACUUCCUCGAAUGACCGUGGGAUGCUGUCGAUAGAUGGGACCUAUGCGAUCCUCCUAACUCACCUGUCUUUGUUGGCCCAACUUGCAGCCGGCACCCACGGACCCCCGACAGUGCAUUGCAGCACCGGUGGUGGGAGAGCAGGAACCUUUCUUUGCGCUCGAUACAUCCUAGACAGACUGCGGAAGGACCCCUCGAAAAUCGACGUGUUUGGUACUGCACUGGCUCUUCGAAUUAAUCACAAGAAUUUUGUCAAAUCACCGACGGAAUUGAAGUUUCUGUACAAGUUUGCGGAGUACUGCAUCGCUCGCGAGGCUAUACAGCCAAAUGGAAAAGUCGAAAGAGGCAAGUGGUAA